CUCUGGGCCGAGCUUUGCUCAGACACAAGCAAGACCAGCUUGUUGGUGUAUUGGAGACAGUGUGACCGACAGCUGAACCAAGAUGAGAACCCUGAUCCUCCUCAGUCUCUGUGCCCUGGCUGCCGUCUGCAUUGCAGAUUCUUCAGAGUCCAAUGAGAUAGAUGAUGUCCUUUUCCUUGGGAGGAAAGAUGCACAUCUUUUUGUGAGACCACCAAGGAGGAACAAUCCAUGGGAAAGGAGGAUGUACAAGGCUCCGUAUGAGCUGAACAGGGAGAGGUGCGAGGAGUUCCAGUUGUGCAAUCAGCCAGUGGGGCCGGUCAGCUCUAGACGAAUGUACAGUAGGAUCUUCGGCAACGCCAGGCAGCAUGCCCGCUCCCACCCACGGAGGCGCAAUCAGAACAGGAAACAGUACUACAGAUACUAGAUGGAACACCAGAGAGACAGACAGACAGACACACACACACACACACACACACACACACAGGAAUCCGUAGUUAGCAGGGCAAUGUUAAAUAAAAACAGAAAAUGUUGGAAACACUCAGCAGGUCAGGUAGCAUCUGUGGUGAGAGAUGUUCUGUUAGUGAUAACCUCCUAAUACACACUGAGCACACCUCAACAUACAACAUGGACCAGUGGGCUCCAGUGUAUCUUCCCCAGGGGUGUCUCAGUGUCACUGCUUCUGUUCACCCUUGUACCCGUCACAGGUUUCCUCAAUGCCUUUGGCCCAAUUUAUUCCAGUGGCCCUACCCAAAUGCAACAUCCCCCUUUCUCACUCCCUGACCUGCUGAAUGUUUCCAGCAUUGUCUGAUUUUAUUUCAGAUUUCCAGCAUCUGCAGUUUUUUUUAAAAAAAAAUUUUCAGCAGAGUAAUUUUAGCAGGGAGGUGGGUCAGGAAAGCCCACAGAAUCUUCCCUGGGAUCCAGUCCAUAAGAGGGGAAGAAUCCACUUUCCCUGCCUUGUGCCCUAUAGUUCAGCUUCAGGAGGCUGUUGAUUUUUAUUUCCAUUCAGACUGUUACCUCAUUCCCCAGGCAAGUGCAGAGAAAAGGGGCCUCAAACCAAGCUCCAGGUCUGCAACUUGCUCCUGAAGGGAAUAGGCACAGAAAAUGCUGAGAACACGCAGCCAGCAUCUGUGGAAGAAGAAACAUUAGAUUACAGAUUGCAGAGCCCUUUGAUGGAAGAUAAUCGAAUUGAAACAUCAACUGUUUCUCUCUCCAUAGACGCUGCCUGACCUGCUGAGUGUUUCAGGCAUUUUCUGAUUUUAUCUCAGAUUUCCUAUUUACUUCUGAUCCUGGAAGGAUCUCCACACAGCAUUGAGGCUUUGCCUUCAUCUAACCUCUCCCCAAAUCAUUGCUGACACUACAUGCCCCAUCCCAUACCCCAUCCCACACACUCCCACUGGAGACAAUUAUUAGCUUGGGCUUUCUCACAUUAAGGUGGCACAGGAAGAGGUCAGAGAGAAGGCAGCUCCCAUUGACCAAGCAGCAGCUGUGUAACAGCAGGAGAAAGCAAUCAUUUCCCCCACAUUCUGUAGAGCGAGAGUGCCUGAGGAGGUGAGCCGUUCAGGGUCAGCCGUGUCCUGUAAGUCAGUUGACCCGAGGUGAGGAAGGGGGUGUCGCUCCCCCCUAAGAUUUAAACUGAGGCUGAAGCUCACUGUCCCUGCACUUCAUUGGCAGAAGAGAUCCAUUAAAGGGAAAGAUGAUGCACUGGGACAUGAAAGAUGAUGCACUGGGAAGGGGAAAACGUGGUAAGACUUAACUGGAUAGUUUACUGGGAGUGUCUACAUAGAGAUACAAGGGGCGCCAGACUGCAGACCUUUCCAGCUGUGCGUAACCUCUGUACUAGAGUGGAAUGAAGAGUUUUCUUAGUUGCAAAAGGAAAAUAAUUUCAGCAUAAUAGCCACAAGGUAUUUUUUUUUGAGGGAGUUGAGUAGAAUUUGUAGCCCCUACAUACUAGGUAGGAUUGCCCCUAACUUGUUGCAGAUUACCCACCCUUGAUAGAUUGAACUCCAGGUAACAAUAUCCUUCUUGCAAAUUAUCUGUAAUCAAAGCAGCCUAAAUCAUAUCAGCAAAGAGAAUCAAAAGAUCAUAGACUGCAAUAUAUAUACACAUUAUAUCCACACACCUUGUAAAUACAGCCUGUCAGCAGCUCAACUCAGUAACUGUUCCUUAUCGAUCUGUCUGAAGCUUACAACCUAAUCGUUAUAAGUGCAGUGUGUAACUGAAGUUUCCAACAGCAUUUACAGGAAUAUAUAAUAAAAAAGUAUAAAGUUUCA